UCUUUCACUAUAAAUAACCUAAACGAGGCCCAUUUCCAAAACCCUCCCUCGAUCUCCCUCUGCUGUCGCCUCUACUUGCAGCUCGAGCAAGGGUUUGAUCGUUUCAAUUCACCAUGGGUAAGGAGAAGAUUCAUAUCAGCAUUGUGGUCAUUGGACAUGUCGACUCUGGUAAGUCGACCACCACUGGCCAUCUCAUCUACAAGCUAGGUGGUAUCGACAAGCGUGUGAUUGAAAGGUUUGAGAAGGAGGCUGCUGAAAUGAACAAGAGGUCAUUCAAGUACGCCUGGGUUCUUGACAAGCUGAAGGCAGAGCGUGAGCGUGGUAUUACCAUUGAUAUUGCUCUCUGGAAGUUUGAAACCACCAAGUACUACUGCACGGUUAUUGAUGCUCCUGGACAUCGUGACUUUAUCAAGAACAUGAUUACGGGUACCUCACAGGCUGACUGUGCUGUCCUCAUCAUUGACUCCACAACUGGUGGUUUUGAAGCCGGUAUCUCUAAGGAUGGACAGACCCGUGAGCAUGCUCUUCUUGCUUUCACCCUUGGUGUGAAGCAAAUGAUUUGUUGCUGUAACAAGAUGGAUGCCACCACACCCAAGUACUCCAAGGCCAGGUACGAAGAAAUUGUCAAGGAAGUCUCCUCGUAUCUCAAGAAGGUCGGUUACAACCCUGACAAGAUCCCCUUUGUUCCCAUCUCUGGUUUCGAAGGUGAUAACAUGAUUGAGAGAUCCACAAACCUCGACUGGUACAAGGGGCCAACCCUCCUCGAAGCUCUGGACCAGGUCAAUGAGCCCAAGAGGCCCUCCGACAAGCCCCUCCGUCUCCCCCUCCAGGAUGUGUACAAGAUCGGUGGUAUCGGUACUGUCCCUGUGGGCCGAGUUGAAACUGGUGUCCUUAAACCCGGUAUGGUCGUCACCUUUGGUCCCACUGGAUUGACUACUGAGGUCAAGUCUGUUGAAAUGCACCACGAAGCUCUUCAGGAGGCUCUACCCGGUGACAAUGUUGGAUUCAAUGUCAAGAACGUUGCAGUCAAAGAUCUCAAGCGUGGAUUCGUUGCCUCCAACUCUAAAGAUGACCCAGCAAAGGAAGCUGCUAACUUCACUUCGCAGGUUAUCAUCAUGAACCACCCGGGUCAGAUUGGAAAUGGAUAUGCACCAGUGCUCGAUUGCCACACGUCCCACAUUGCUGUUAAGUUCUCUGAGAUUCUCACCAAGGUUGAUAGGCGAUCGGGUAAGGAGCUCGAGAAGGAGCCCAAGUUCCUGAAGAACGGUGACGCCGGUUUUGUCAAGAUGAUUCCGACCAAGCCCAUGGUGGUCGAGACUUUCGCCCAGUACCCGCCUCUUGGGCGUUUUGCUGUGAGGGACAUGAGGCAGACCGUUGCUGUCGGGGUUAUCAAGAGUGUCGAGAAGAAGGAUCCCACGGGCGCUAAGGUCACCAAGGCUGCUGCCAAGAAGAAGUGAGAGCCUUGUCGUAGAGAAGCUUGAUGUCGCUGCUGUGUGUCUGUUGUUUUCCUGCUUUCUUCGGUCUCUCUGGGUUUGCAUUGCAUAACUGGGUUUCUUGACUGGAGAUGGGCAGAGUUCAUUUUUGGUUUCAAUUGGCCAGUUUUGUGAGGUGAGUUCCAGGUUUUUUUCUAGAUGAAGUUAAAAUUUUAGCCUACAGAACAAUGUUUAAUUUGGAUGUUAUUGGACAUGUUUGUCAUAAUUUUGCUACAUUUUGUUGUUUAAAUGGAUUGCUAUUUGUGCUCUGUGAUCGUUUC